AUGGGCACAAUUGGUAUUCCUCUAAAGCUUUUACAUGAAGCAACAGGUCAUAUUGUUAGUUGUGAACUGGAUGAUGGCACAGUUUAUCGCGGAAGAUUGUCAGAAGCUGAAGAUAAUAUGAACAUUCAGCUCAAGGAUAUAACAGUUACAGCAAGAGAUGGGCGGGUUUCACAUAUGGAUUAUAUAUAUAUCCGUGGAUCUCAUGUAAGGUUUUUUGUUGUACCAGAUAUGUUAAGAAAUGCACCGAUGUUUCGGUCAAGAGCGGUGCGUGGACGAGGGAUCGGUUUAGCACGUGGCAGAGCAACAGUGGCACGUGCAAGAGGACAACAGAGAAGAUAA